GGAGGGCGGCGAGUGGAGCGGACGCCUUUUUCUCGUCCUCCUCCUCCUCCUCCUCGGUUCCUCGCCCCGACAUGGCGGUGGACGCCAGGCGGUUGGAGGCCCUCAGCCUUCACCAACUCCACGAGCUCCUGGAAGAUGAGGAGCAGCUCCAGAACAUGGCCCUGGAGAUGGAGGAGGCGCAAAAUGUUCAGCUUAGCAAAGAUAUGACUCUCGCCAGUAACCACAGCCUAGCAGAAGGAAAUCUCUUAUACCAGCCAAAAUUAGAUGCCCUGAAAGCCACAUUAACCCAAAAGUAUCAAGAGCUACAGGUUCUCUUCGAAGCAUAUCAGAUAAAGAAAACCAAGCUAGACAGACAAUCCAAUAAUGCUUCGCUGGAGACCCUCCUCGCGCUUCUUCAGACCGAAGGGGCCAAAAUUGAAGAAGACACCGAGAACAUGGCCGAGAAGUUUCUGGACGGAGACGUUCCUCUGGACACCUUCAUCGAUGAAUAUCAGAGCCAAAGGAAAUUAGCUCACCUGCGGCGGGUCAAAAUAGAAAAACUCCAAGAGGUGGUCCUGAAAGGACCCCGGCGGCCCCCGAUGCCCCCUCCGCCUGUGCCUCAGACUCCAGAGGUCAACACGCCUCCUUCAGUUAUGCCUCGCCGUAACCCUCCCCCUCCCCCUCCGUCGUCCGUGGUCCUAGCGGGACGUUUCCCGACGCCGUUUAUGGCGGCCAUGGGCCAUAACCCGUACCCAUAUCCUCCACUGCCCCCGAGGACGGGGGCGCCACCGCCAGGCCAAGGGCCGUCGCCGGGCUACCCGAAUCCUUAUCUAGCUAUGUAUCCAUCCACACCCCCUCAGAGGGCCCCGCCUCGCGUUCCUCCCAACCCCGGUUUUAUCAUGGAAUGAGGCCGCCAUUCCGUCUUGACUCUUGUCCACUGGUGCUGACCUUCACGAGAUCCUCAACAGCUGGCAACCCAACCGAAGCCGUGAGGAGGAUCAACAGGGUGGGAGGAGGGCUCCACUCACAAAGGAAACUGUCCACGGAUCCUGCAAAGACACCCAGUUUUGAUCCUGAGGAGGAGGAGGAUGAUUGUUACUACUUUUUAAUUUAAAGAGAGAACCGGCGUGUCCGUCCGGCCCUUCCUACAAAGACGUCAAGCCAGCUGUCGAAGUGUUGAAACGCUUCCAUGGUAGACUUGCCUUGUUCUUCCGAGGAGAUUUCAGCCAUCAUUUGUGGCACGAAGGCCACAAAUCCCAGGAAAUUCUUCAGUUUUUUAAAAAAAUUCCUUAUUAAAGUGGGUGGGGGGGGGGAGAAGGGAAAA